UUUAAGGGAAAGGUAUUGCUUAAGCAGCCUUUCACAAACUACACCUUCCUUACCUCUAAAUGUCAUAUCUAUCGAUCUAUAUAUUAUUAGUUGAUUGUACUAUCCAAAAUUUCAAGAUUUGAUUCUGAACAAACAGUAUCGUUAGGAAUGAAACCAGGGAGCAACGAGCAAAACCUGUACCUGUGGCAGCUGCGGUGGAUCAAUGGAAGGAAACAGAGAUAGUAAAAACAAGAAUGAAGUGUGUGUUUUGUUUUUCUUUCUUCAAGGUCCUGUUUAAAUCGUUGCUAAGAGCCUUAUGGGUUAAGAUUUGCAGGUAUGAGAAGCUAAGCGAGAAGAUUGUCUCAUGGGAAGAUAAAAAGAGGAAAAAGGCAAAGAGAAAGCUUCAUAGAACAGAGAGAGGUGUAGAAAAAACAAAGUUGAAGGCGAUAGAGAGGUUCAGAGAUGACAAUGAACGCAUUGAGAUGAUCGUCGCGAGUGCAAGAGCACAUGCCUAUGAGAGUCGAAUGAAAGAAGAGUUGAAGGUUAAGGCGAAAGCAAACCUCAUGAGAACAACUGGAAGGAACCCCUCUACAUGUCUCUGAAUACUGCAAGUUGCAGGAAAUGUAAAG